GGACCUGCGGCGGUCGCCAGUUUGGAAGGCAGACAAGGGUUUGAGCGGCUCUGGAGAGCUGGCAUUCGAAGUCCCGCAGCCUGCGUUCCCGUGCGCUCUGCGUAAAAUGCUGCACUCUGCGUCUCUGGAUUAAGUGAAGGAAUUCCUACAGCACGACCGACCAGAGCAUUUUGAGAUGAGUGGGGAGCGGGAAAAGGUUCUUGCCGCUGUCCAUCAGCCUUGCAGCCCUUCGGCGACCACUGGCUCCAUGUCCCCGGAUGAGCUUGAUUCCGAUACCCCUGCCUCUCCAACUGAGUCCGACGGGAGCCAACCGUUGUCCCGGGGGGAGAAAGCUGGUGGAGGAGACCGAUUUGAGGACGAGCGGUUCCCCGCGUGUAUCCGCGAGGCAGUGUCCCAGGUGCUGAAGGGCUACGACUGGUCGCUUGUGCCCAUGCCCGUGCGCGGCAGCCGCUCAUUGAAGGACAAGCCGCACGUGAAGAGACCCAUGAACGCGUUCAUGGUGUGGGCGCAAGCCGCCCGGAAGAAGCUCGCGGAUCAAUACCCGCAUCUCCACAACGCGGAACUCAGCAAGACACUGGGGAAGCUGUGGCGCCUUCUGUCAGAGGGAGAGAAGCGUCCGUUCAUACAGGAGGCCGAGCGUCUCCGCGUGCAGCACAAGAGGGACUACCCGGACUACAAGUACCAGCCGCGCCGCCGCAAGAGCCCCAAGCCCGGCCACAGCGACCCAGAAACGGGAGCCGAGAUGGGGCAUACCCACCAUGCGAAGACGGGUGCCGCCAUGGAAAACCCCUAUCACCAGCACGAUCAAUCAGGUCAGUCUCACGGGCCACCUACGCCCCCCACCACCCCAAAGGCUGAGGCAGGCCACUGCGGAGGGGGGAAGCCAGACUUCCUUAAGCUGCUUGAGGGUCGUCUACUACCACGCCAUCUGGAGGCGGCUUCCGGUACUGCAGCCUCCGGGCAUCAUCGGCAGAACAUCGAUUUCAGCAACGUUGACAUCCUGCAGUUCAGCUCCGACGUCAUCAGCAACAUCGACGCCUUCGACGUGCAGGAGUUUGACCAGUACCUGCCGCCCAACGGCACACACGCGGUAUCAUCCCUGUCGGAGCACCAGCAACAGCAUCACCAGAGUGCAGCAGCUGGAGGUAGCAGAGGUGGCAGAGGUGGAAGCAGCGGCAGUAGCAACAAUGGUGGCAGCAGUGGCAGCAGCAGUGGUGGCUCACUCGGGUCCUUUGGUCACGCUCACGGCACCGCCUUAGGCUGGAGCCAGAGGAGUCAGGACUUGAUGGGUGGUGGUGGUGGAGGAGGAGGAGGAGGUCAGAGCACAGCGGAGGACACUCAGGCAACCCUGCAACAACACAUCAGCAGUGCGGACACCACUCAGCCCCAGCCCCAGCCCCCGCACAUCAAAACGGAGCAGCUUAGCCCCCGACAUUACAGCCAGCAAACAAGCUGCGCGUCCUCCUCUCCCCCACCACCUCCACCUCCCCCUCAGCACAACCUCAGCUCCUACGCUACCCUCACCUCCUCCUCCUCCACCUCCUCCUCCUCCACCUCCUCAUCCUCCUCCAUCUCCACCACCUCCUCUGGCGAGUACACAGACCUCCAGACCGCCAGCUACUUCCAGGCGUAUCCUGGCUACCCGGCGGGCCUCUACCAGUACCCCUAUUUCACCUCCUCCAGACGGCCCUACACCUCCUCCGCCUCCUCCAUCCCCUAUGGCACCUCCACCACCUCCUCCCUUCUCAACACCCUCUCCAUCUCCCCCGCCCACAUCAACCCCCUCCCCGGCACGACUAGCUGGGAGCAGCCAGUCUACACCACACUGACCAGGCCUUAGACAGCAUCCAGAGACAACUGACAUACAGUCAGAGGACCACAGCAUGGCGUGACUCCACCCAAAGAUUUUGGCUCCGCGCAUAGUCUGGCGAAACCCUCUUAGCUCGGUUCGCUCACUGUUUUUAGCCAAUCAGCAAACAGCUGAGAGAGUGGUGACGCAGAACUCACCCGCGAAGUACGUUACCGAUUGGUUAUGGUAACACUAUUCACACUUUUGUUUUGUUAUUUGUAUGCUUUUGCGACACUAUAUCGUAACAGUUAUGCUAAUAAAGCACACUAUGGUUUUAAUUUGAGUUCAGAACUCCAAUGAAUUUCAAUGGCAGAGUAAGAACAGACCAUCUCCCACCCUCCAUGGAAACGGAUUCCUUUCACCAGACCGUUUGAUGGAGUCAACAGUCGGCUUUUGCCUAGGCUAAGAGGACCAGGCCUUAGACAGCAUCCAGAGACAACUGACAUACAAUCAGAUGACCAGACCUUUGGCCAUCCACAGACAACUGACAUAACGUACAUGCCCCAGUUGGGGACAAUAAAGUCGAAAUUUGAGUUGAGUUUAGAUAACUGACAUACAAUCAGAGGAGCAGGCCUUAGGACAUCGAGACUUAACUAACAUGCAGUCAGUUGGCCAUCCAUAGACAACUGAAAUACACACAGUACUUUGGGGACAAUAAAGUUGAAAGUUCAGUUGAGUUGAGAUAUCGGACACAAUCCUUGCCCAAAAGACCAGACCUUAGAAGCCAUCCAGACACAACUGACAUAGAAGAGGACUAGACCUUUGGCCAUCUAGAAACAACUGACAUACAGUCAUUUCUCAGAGGACCAGGCGGUAGACAGCAUCCAGCAACAACUGACAUUCAUGCAAUUAGACCUUACGCUAGGGACACAUAGACGUGAAUUUGAACAAGCGCAGCAAACUUCCCCAUUCAUUCCUAUGAGGGAGGCGAAGGCAAGUGAACAGGAGCGGAGGAAAGCAAAAUUAUUUAACCAAGUUGAAUAUCAUGCAAAUGAUGAGCAAUUUUCGCCUGUGGUGGCCAAUCAAAUCAAGAACAUGGCGGUUUCAUUCCAUUUGAUUCGUUGUGGCGACUGGAUGACAGUUGAGCUUUCAGAAUGGAACACUGACUUUCGCCCCUCUUUUCCUUGCUCGUUUCGCCUGCUAUGUGUCCCUAGCAUUAAGCCAUCCACAGACAACUGACAUACAAUCAGAAGACUAGACCUUAUAGUAUCCAUACACAACUGACAUACAAUCUUUACUCAGAGGACCAGACCUUAGACAGCAUCUAGCAACAACUGACAUACAGUCAGAGGUUUAGACUUAGGCCAUCCACAGACAACUGACAUCGAUCAGAGGACCAGACCUUUGGCCAUCCACAGACAACUGACAUACACACCAUACAUGUAAUAGCCCCUCUGGGGACAAUAAAGUUGAAAGUUGAAUUAAGUUGAGAUAACUGACAUCCAAUUCUUGUCCAAAGGACCAGACCUUAGAAGUCAUCCAGACACCACUGACAUGCUGGAACAAGAGGUUUAGACUUUUGGCCAUCAAGACACAACUGACAUCCAGAGGACCAGAGGACCAGGCCAAAGACAGCACCCAGUGACAUGACUGCACCUUUCUAUAGCUUCCAGCUAUUUCAUUCAGCACAGGGGGACUGGUCUAUACAGGAAGUCAUUUAAUUGACAGUCAUAAAGUCUAUGCACCCCUUCCUUGGUCAGAGAAAUGCAGCGCUAAUUGGGCUAAACACACAUCAACACAUCACUGCUUUAGCCCUCGUCACUGCUUGUUACAUUGUUAUAUUGGUGCAAGUUCUUUACAAGCAUAACGGACAGGACUGGAGUUUUUCUUAUGCUCUGUAAACGGACCUUACCUGCUCUACUCCCUGGAUGCACAGGACUGGAGUUUUUCUUUUUACUGGCUUGUUUAACUUAUGACAAUAUCCAGUUGGUUCAAGUAACCACAGUAUUUGCAGUAGCUGUAAACAAGCUGAUUUUUUAUGUUUUUUUGUUUUGUUUUGCUUUUCAAUACCAGUAAUAUUACUAUUUUAACGAGUGAUUGUUUAUAUCCAAGCUGAGGAGCCUGGCUCUGCACACCAAAGAUAUUGGAUACCCUAUCUCCUUGGUAACGCUGACAGCUUUACCUGGGCCUGGGACAAAGUCAUCUGGAAGCCCCCUCUCAAUACACACGAUGUAAUGAGGACACAAAUCUAACCUAAAGCCAAUGCCUGAAGUUCUGUCCUGAAAUUUUGAAGACUAACAGUUUUUUACAUACUGUUUAUAAAGCUUUUGAAAAGAAAAUUAUUCUCAAGAGUUACCUCAAGCCAUGGAGGUAUCGAGCCAUGUAGCCUAAACAUGAUGAGCACCCCACCAGCAGAAACGUUAAAGGGCACCUCCGCUUGAAG